AUGUAUUGGGACUCAUUUGACCAUAUCUUCGAAGGAAAUUUCCGCACGUUUGGAUCCGCUGCAGUUGCAUUUUACUCUGGAUUAAAUUUACCUCUGGCAUUUUUGAUUUCAAUGAUAAUAGUCACUGUGGUCUAUGUUCUCUACAAUAUUGCUUUGUAUGUUGUCCUUUCUCCUGAUGAAAUUAUUUUGCAUCCAGCUGCUUCUGUGACGUUUGCAAACAAAGUAUAUGGCAAAUUUGCAUUUAUAAUGUCACUUUUUGUUGCUAUUUCUACGUUCGGGUCCUCAAAUGGCACUCUCAUGAUGAGCUCGAGGUAUGGUAGAACUCCAGCAUGA